CUUCAAUGGAGGAGACAAACGCUUUUUCGGCAUUUAAUCAGCUUCUCAUGUCGCAGAACGUUGUAUCCCCAACGAAACAACCAAUGGAGUUGACCAAUGAGAAACUAAUGGAAUUUGUUCGAAAUGCAAUGCAAAAUCAGCAAGGACUUCCAGAAGUACCAAAUAUUAUUCCAUCUGCUCUUCCAUCAAUGCUAUCACAAAUUCCAACUCAACCUAUGCCUCAAAUGCCUGUUGUAAUUCAAACUUCUCAAAUGAACGAUGUUAUGGGUGAUCAAAUGCUUAAAGCUUCUCCAUCUGCAAGUUCCGAUAUGAGUUCUCUCGAUAGUGACGUGGCUGAUCAUCCAAUGACAAUGAUGAUGCAGCAGCAACAGGAUUUCCAAAAUCCUCUCCAACAGCUGACAAUUGACUCGUCCGCAAAUAUUGCUGCUGGUGUCAAUGGGAACACCGAACAAAGAUCGUCUGGUCGUCAUGAAACUUGGCUGGAGUGCUUUAACACCACAAAAUUUGCAGAAUACGAAGCACUUCUGUUUUCAGUUUAUGUAGCUGAAAGAACCGAUAGGAAAUAUGACGGAUGGACUUAUUUUGACUGUUUGCAUCGACUUCAGAGCAAGUGUAGAUACAGAGUUCGUGCCAAGAAACAGGAUGAGUUCUACAUUAUUGAAGAGAAAGGAGUUCAUAAUCAUGGAGCUGUUGAACCAGUCGGUCAGGCAGGAAGUCAUGCUGGUUUGCCAAAGACAAUUCGAGAGAUCGUUGAUCGUUCCUACAAUGAAAACUGGCCAGUUGAAGCUCGUACAAUCAAGGUUGAUGAGGAGAUCCAAAGACUCGGACUGCCUGAAAACCCACGUCUUGGACGACAAAUUGACAAUCGUCUUGCUUACUUGAGAAGAGUUAAGAACUUGCAUGAAACACGCCGGAUUCAAGAUCAGGUUAACGGUACGAUGGUGAUCAAGGAUCCGGUCAAGGAGGCAAUGCUGCAAGCGUUAAUGGAACAAAAUGGUGGACAAUUGACUGUCGGCCAGGGUUUUGUUGAUCAAAUAAUUGCCAAUCAAGGAAUUCCUGAAAUGCCUAUCAAAAAAGAGGAACCCACUCAACCAGUUGAGAGCAUGGAAAUGGCUGAACAAGUUGCAAAACCAUUGGCAAUGAAUCCAAGUCCAGAUUUCUUUCAAUUCCUUCAAAAUCAGAAGUUGUCACAUGAACACGAACAGCAACAGCAGCAGCUUCAUGCGGCUAUUCUUGCUCAAGCACAGGCACAUGCUCAAGCUCAAGCCCAGGCUCAACAAAACCUCAUGGAAAGUCAGAAAAAUAUUCAUCAGUAGUUCCUAAUCCUACAAUUCCCAAUCUAUGUUAACUUUAAUUAUUCUGAUUCAUUUUUAAAUCAAUGUGCCUUGUAUCUAUCUAUCAAUUUCAAAAUCUCUCAUUUCUUCUACGAAGUAUCCAAAACAAUCUCUUUCACUAUUUAAAAUUUGUGCCUUUUUGAGAAUUUCGACGCAAAUGAAUGUUGUACUUAAUUUCUGAA